AUGUCAGCUAAGCAAGCAAAGAAAAUCGGCUCGUUGCUGUUUUGUCCAGAAUGUGGCACCCUGCUCGACUACCCAGAGCCUCAGGCCGUGAGUGUAAAGUGUGAGCAAUGUGGAUACAUAGAGCCCGCUUCAUCAUACGACGAUAUCAAAGUGGUGACCCAACUGAGGGAAGAUGCAUUUCCAUCAGAACUCAAACAACGAAGAAAGAUGCAAACAAGGUUCCAAGAGGAAGUAGAGACCCGACCAAUCGAAACGAUCACCUGCAAGAAUUGCGGUCACGACAAGGGUUACACGAUGGAAAAGCAACUCCGAAGUGCUGAUGAAGGUUCAACCAUCUUCACCGAAUGUGUUCGAUGCGGAUUCCUAGACCGUCUUAACAACUAG